GCCAGAACGGCUGCCUUGCUCCCGGAAGUGGAGGGUUUACACUGUGUGCCGCUGGGUCUGAGUGACCAAAGGCAGUAGCGCUCGCGGAGAUCACCCGCUGGCCCUCGAUCACCAUGUCGGCCUUCGACACUAACCCCUUCGCGGACCCAGUGGACGUAAACCCCUUCCAGGAUCCCUCUGUGACCCAGCUGACCAAGGCUCCUCAGAGUGGCCUGGCUGAGUUCAAUCCCUUCUCAGAGACAAAUGCAGCGACAACAGUUCCUGCCACACAAGCUUCUGGGCCCUCCCAGCCAGCAGUUCUCCAGCCCUCAGUGGAACCAGCACAGCCAACGCCCCAGCUCCCGGUUAGACAGGCCAGCAAGUUUCUGCCUGCCCGAUUCCUGGCAGCGGGUGAGCCCUCAGAGAGGCAGACGCUACUAGGAGGAGAUAGUAUUUCCAGGGACAGCCACAAGCGCAAGCCUUCGAAGGCUGUUGCAGCUGCAGCCCAGGCAGGCUUGCUUCGGCAGCAGGAAGAACUAGACAGGAAAGCUGCUGAGCUGGAACGCAAGGAGCGAGAGUUGCAGAGCACUGCGGCAAAUUUGCAUGUGCGAGACAACAACUGGCCGCCACUCCCCUCAUGGUGCCCUGUGAAACCCUGCUUCUAUCAGGACAUCUCCACGGAGAUCCCUGCUGACUACCAGCGGAUUUGCAAGAUGCUAUACUAUCUCUGGAUGUUGCAUUCAGUGACUCUGUUUCUAAACCUGCUUGCGUGCCUGGCCUGGUUCACAAGUGACGCAGCCAAUGGAACGGCCUUUGGCCUCUCCAUCCUUUGGUUUCUGAUCUUCACUCCCUGUGCCUUCCUUUGUUGGUACCGACCCAUCUACAAGGCUUUCAGGUCUGACAACUCUUUCAGCUUCUUCGUGUUCUUUUUUGUAUUUUUUUGUCAAAUAGGGAUCUACUUCAUCCAGUUGAUUGGCUUGCCUAACUUGGGGACCAGUGGUUGGCUUGCAGCCCUAACUACAGUGAAAAAUGGGCCCUUAGCUGUGACCAUCAUCAUGAUGGUAGUGGCUGGCUUCUUUACCCUCUGUGCUGGGCUUUCACUCUUCCUCCUGCAGCGGGUACACGCCUUCUACCGCCGAACAGGAGCCAGCUUCCAGCAGGCCCAGGAAGAGUUCUCCCAGGGUAUCUUCAGCAGCAGAACCUUCCGUGGGGCUGCCUCAUCUGCUGCCCGAGGAGCCUUUCAGGGGAAUUAGGCUUCCCGACUUUCCUUCCCUCAGCCCUGGCCUCUGUCAACUGUCUUCUGAGCUGCACUUUCCGCGGGUGCCUUAUGCAGUGACUACACCAGCACAGACCUGGCAGGGAUUUGUCUUGUCCCUGCUCCUUCCUCAGUAGUCAGCUUUCUCCUCUACAAGAGGGAAGGAGAGGAAGGGACAAGGACUUUAUAAAAAAAAAAAAAAAAAAAAAAAAAAAAAAAGAAA